UGGAAGACGUGUGCACUGGUGGUUCGAGGUAGCAUUGGAACGCGAUGUAGAGCCGAGGAUGGCACGCUGCGAGGAUUCCGGUCCUCCCCCGGCAUUCGUACCUCAGCGCCAGAGGAGAAUUGGACAUAAUCCAAGAUGAUUCAUUAUGGGUUGUGUGCUGUGUGGGAGGCGUUGCGGGAUGAGAGCAAGUUGAUUGAGCUGUGGCGAGCGGAGCUUGCGGAGCUACUGACUGCUGAUGUGGUUUUCUCCAGGUUCGAAACAGAGCUCCCCAACAUGGCGGAACUUGGGGCUCCCACCGUCACCAGCCCGUCGCGCAAGCCCUUUAUUGACCACCACGUGUACGCGGAGAGCCUGGCCGGCGCCCGCUUUUACUUCAGUUUCAAGCACUGUAUUGCGGCAGCGCGGGCGAAGCGCCCCCACCUCAAGCGCAGGGGUCCGGGUUCCAUCCAUGUUCAGGACAGAGGUGUCUGCGCGAUACUCGCACCCUGCUGAGCGUGCAGUUUGCGCUUGUAUUUGUUCAUAUCUGGUGCGGGCAAGCGUUGGCUUUGGGCGGGAAAAAUCGUCGCCACCCUCGAGUUCUACCUACCACCGGGGCCGACGGGCUUUGUGAUCCCGAGGGAAACAUUGUCGUACUCGCUGCAGCGGGUGUGGUUGAUUCGACUCGAGGUUUCUACACGAGAUUUUUGAGUCGCCGUAGGGAAGUUCGGGGUGGUUCUCGCAGUGGCUGACAGGUGUGGGUCUGUGUGAUACAAGAGCUCGCACAGUUUGCGUGCAUGUGUGCUGUUGUUCCGUGAUGCGAUGUGCCAUGUGCCGAAAAAUUGUUUUGAAUUGUUUUGCUUGCUCUGGGUAGGAUGCAUGUACCACGAACGGCGAACGUGCGUAGUGCGUGCUGUCUGUCGUGUUUGGCAGUGGUUUUGAGCGGGUUUGGUUUGAGAGCGCAAACGUUGACUAUGUUCCACAGACCAGUCGACGCAACAUAACAGAAGUGAUGCUGUCCGAUGUCCAAAGUACAUUUUCUUCUUCGGCGGUGUUCGGCGGUGUUACAAAUUAUUUUUAGUGGUGACCGUGGUGUAUGAUCGUGCAGCGUGUGUGAGCGGACACGUCGUUGCAUAAGAAGUUUUUACUCCGGCUGGUUCUGCUCGUGCGAAUGGACAACUGCUGUACUGACUGUGUUUCGAUGUUGCGCGUGCUUUGAUGUAUAUUUUCCGUGUUCGUCCGAGAAUUCCGAAGGGGGCGCCUGUGUUUGUAGGCAAGGCCGCGGGGUAGGGAAAGUUGGAGGUGCGAGCAAGACUACCAUUUAGUGAAAGCGAAAGCCCGAGGUGAAGGGAAAAUAACGACGUGGGCUUGUUGGGGCUGCUGGCCAGGGCAACGAAACAACAAUGUAUUCACUCAGCCACGCGCAGCUUCAAAGAACAGGGACCUGUGUUGGCGUAUGUGUGAAUGGUAUCAAGCUGUGCUCGUCU